UCCACAUUCUUCAUUCCUAUCUCUCUCUCUCUCUUCCCUUGUCAUCUACGGGGAAGAACAAAGAUGUGCACAGAUUGUGGUGGCAAGGACUGGGCUUUGAGCAUGCUUACCUGCGGCUUUCCUCUAGGCGAUGAGCCGGAGGAAUUUUGCUCUCCAUCAAACGGAAUUUGUCCAAGGACCAACAGAGUCUCCCCCAAGAAGAAAAACAACAAAAGCUAUGACACUGCUGGGAAGAAAGCAGCCAGGGGCAGCAGACGCCACCAAGAGGGGAAAUCAGCCCGUCGAGAUUGGUCGCACUCCUCGACCGGCCAGCAGAAAAGGACCGACGACUCGAGCUGGCCUCAUUUUGCCGACGAGGACUAUAUCGUAUUCUGCAUCGGAGAAGACGGAGCUUUCGACGUUGCCAAGGACGUGAAGUCGAAGAACUCCCGACGCCAUCACAACCGCGACGCGGCUGGUACUUCCAGGCUUCUCAAGCCAAAGCUUAUGUAUGCUGACGAUGGAGGAAGAGUUGACAACAAGAAGAGCCAUGAGAAUAAAUCAAAUGAAAAGGCGCAUGAAGAAGAAGAAGAAGAAGAAGAAGAAGAAGAAGGAAAGCCCAUCAUUUUAGACAUCGAGGGAGAAGUAGAGAAGACAAUCUACAUAGAUUCAGAUUCGGCAUUGGAUGGGAACCAUGGGAUGAGAAAAAUCGAUAUGAUGGACAAUGAAGAAGGAGAGCCAAUGCGUGUUGAAUCCUGCGGCUCCAACCAGUCUGAUAGCAGUGGGAGUUCUUUCGCCUUCCCCGUAUUGCGGUGGGAAUGGGUUGGGAGUCCAAUACAGAUGCCAAAAUCAGAUGGCUUGCAACUAAGGAAGCAGAAGGCACGUCACAUAGGUUUUUACUGCUGUGGAUCCUGAAAGCAAUUGAGCUAUAGUUGCCUUUGCAGUUGUAGUUGCACAUGCAUUUGCUCUUUCUUGAUGAAUUGAAAGUGCCCAUGUUAAUCAUUCAUCCUGUUCAUUUUUUUUUCCCCUUAAAAAAGGGAACGUUUCGAACCAAUGAGCUUGAUUAUCUUGUUUAUGAAGUCAUGGUGCUACUAAACCUAAUCUAUACAAAUUUAUGUUCGAUU